GUACACGUUCCACUUGGUGUCGAUUAAGCCCUACUGCUGCUGUGUAGCACUAAGAGAGGGAGGAAGAGAUGAGAUGCACUUGGUUACAGGCGACUUGUAUUUCUCUGGGCGUCUUGCGUAUUUCCUUGUUGAGUAAAGGUUUCAUCGUGACAGGAACAUCGCGGCUCAUGCGACAUCGCGCCUCCGCCAUCUCCGAGCAGCGCGACAGGUGCGCCACCCUCACGAUGGGGGCGGCCGGCAAAAAACGAAAGAAGAUGGAGAAGGAUGCCUUGAAGUACGCGAAUGGAAUUAACAAGAACGUCGCUCGCGAGACGCAGAAGGAGGCGGACGUUAUUGCCGAGCGGUUGUUAAAGACAUGCGCUGAACCAAAGCGAGACCUCACCAAGAUCGCCGCCGAGAUCGCAGAACUCCGAUCACGGACUUCGGCUCUGAAGCCGGCCCAAAGCUAUGAACUCGGGAAGGACUGGCGACUGGUGUUCGCAAGUGACGACGACGCGAUAAGUGUCGUCGGCACGGGGUUGCAUAAGCUGCCACUCACCAGGAUGCAGGAUUUCUUCAUGACUCUUGAGGGUGGCAGCAACACGGCGAGAAACAUAGUCACGAUCGAAGUGCUGCGCGUGAUAGGUCCUUUCCCGAACCUUCGCAACACCUUGUCUGGGGACUGCAAGUCAACAGGCGCGGAUUCGUUGAAUAUCCGCUAUACCUCAAUGAUUGACGGGACGGGGAAAGAGACGGGGGGAUCGCAGACGGGAGAACAAGACCGCGUCGUGGAAGUUGAUGUUGCGUUCGUGGGGCAAGGGGUAUUGGUGUUGGAAUCAUCGGCGAAGUCCAAGAAACCGUUGUCCCUCGUCUUCGCGAAGGAGCCAGACUUGGAAGGAGAGCUAGCGAAGCUCCGUGUGGCAGGGGACAAGAAAGAUGAUAAGAAGAAGAAAUAAUAACGCCUGCGUGUGGUGUUUGAGGCGAAACGAAAGGCGUACUUCAAGAGCUUCCAAGAGCCGUAGUGUCAAAACAGUGCGAUGGUAGGUGGAUUUUUUCGCACGUGGUAGCGUGAAAUUGUCUCCGAUAAAUGAGACCUAUACGAGAGAAACGGAUUGCGUCGAGUGGGGUAGCACGUGUUCAUCCGAGGUUAACAUGUCGUCGACCGAGGAUGUCAGCUCGGGGGGUAGUGUGUAGCGCCUGGAGCAAUAGUGCGUAACGCCUGGAGCAUUUGCUGGCUAGGCUAUAGAUAGAUGACCAGGUUCCAGCUACUGUUGUAUUAUUUCAGAAACAGUCAAUGUGUGAAGGAUAUGCAAACCCAGACAACUCGUCGCCAAAUUACCUUUCUUACCGCUUUGCAACCGUCACCUCUA